UGAUUCCCCUUCGAAAGAGGUCACCAUGAAUCCCAUGGAUGUCAUUAAAGAAAAUGAAAGCUCUGAGGAUUCCGAUGUCAUAGAGCCACCAGCCAAUUUUAACUAUGAACCCGAACCACCGAAAUACGAUGAACCCUCUUCACAGGAGGGUAACAAUAUUGGCUACGACCCGAUUGAUGAAAGUUUGAAACAGGCACCAAAUUACCAGGACUUCAUACGCUACCCUUGGCCAUCACAAUUUUUGGGCUUCUCGGGUGUGCAACAAUGGCCACCACCAUUGCCAACCCAUCCACCAUCAUCCGUUUCCAAUUGGCCACCACCAUUGCCAACACAUCCACCAAAUCAUCAUUAUCCAACACAUCCUCCUUCGACCAUUGGAGGACAAUUUGUUCCAGCAACCACUAAGAGGCCGAUCACGUCACUGACUACCAAGCGUCCAACAUAUAGGCCAGUUGUGACGACAACAACCACCACCACAACAAGGAGACCACCAAGCUCCUCGGGAAGUGGUGUAUCGUCGAAUGGUUUACCUUUGCAGUGUGGCAUGAUUGGUCCCGAUCAGGAACGUAUUGUUGGCGGUACAAAUGCCAGUCCUAACGAAUUCCCAUGGAUUGCGGUUAUUUUCAAAUCGGGUAAACAAUUUUGUGGUGGCAGUUUGAUAACUAAUAGCCAUAUUUUGACCGCUGCUCACUGUGUGGCCAGAAUGACUUCUUGGGAUGUUGCUGCCUUGACUGUACACUUGGGUGACUAUAAUAUACGCACGGAUUAUGAAGUUCAACAUGUCUCACGCAGAGUCAAACGUUUAGUAAGACACAAAGGAUUUGAUUUUAGCACCUUGCACAACGACAUCGCAAUUUUGACACUAAGCGAACCGGUGAAAUUCACCAAGGAAAUCCAGCCGAUUUGUUUGCCUACCUCACCGGCCCAACAAAGAAGUUCCUAUAGCGGUCAAAUUGCCACAGUUGCAGGAUGGGGUAGCUUGCGUGAAAAUGGUCCCCAGCCAUCCAUUUUACAAAAGGUGCAAAUACCCAUUUGGAAUAAUGCCGAGUGUGCUGCUAAAUAUGGUAGAGCUGCUCCGGCGGGUAUUAUUGAGUCAAUGGUUUGUGCCGGUCAGGCUGCCAAGGAUUCGUGUAGUGGUGAUUCGGGUGGUCCAAUGAUUGUCAAUGAGGGUGGCCGUUAUGUCCAGGUUGGCAUUGUUUCGUGGGGCAUUGGUUGCGGUAAAGGACAAUAUCCCGGUGUUUAUACCCGAGUCACAUCUCUAUUGCCUUGGAUUUAUAAAAAUAUCAAAUAA